AUGGAUAGUUUCAAUGAAGACCUGAAAGUACUAAAUUUAGAUGAUGAUUAUGAUCUACCACUAGUCGGACCGUCCUUAUUGAUAAAUAUGGAAAUAUGUAUGCAGCAGCAUGCCCCACAAAAACGACGAAUUAUAACUCUUCGUCCUUCAUCACCACGGUAUAAUGAGGAUAUUGGUAAAGAAAAAAUAAAUCGCAGGAAACUAGAGGAGUAG